AUGGCAGUCGAUCCUGAUGCGACAACGAUUACACCUGAGGGACUGGGACUUGUCCUCCUUACAGUCGCUCUGUUCUACACGCCUACUUCUGCAAUGGUGGUGAUUGCGAGAUCCGUCAUUAGAAUCAGGCAAGGCAUUUUUGGGAUGGACGACGGGCUCAUGCUGACUGGCUGGAUACUCUUCAUCUGCGUUGUGGGUGUGGUAUCGAAAGGAACGUAUGUCGGUAUUGGCGCCACGGAUGAGCGACUAAACGACAAUAUGCAACGAGAUGGCCGGAUGUACAUCUGGCUGUUUCAAACUUUCUACUGUUCCUCUUUGAUCUUUAUCAAAGGCUCCAUCUGCGUCACCCUCCUUCGAAUCGCCAUUGAAAAGACGCACCGCAUCAUCGUCUGGGUGACACUCGUAGUCUCUGUCAUCUCAACCCUCAUCGUCAUCAUCGGGCUUCUUACCAUGUGUCGCCCCAUCUCAGCAAACUGGGAUAAGAAUGCGGGACAAUGCUCGCCGCCUAUUGUCAUUACGAGUUUGAGUUAUCUUGUGUCCGCCGCUGCGGUGCUUACUGACUGGGUGUGUGCGAUAUUGCCCGGGUUCAUGUUGUACAAGACUCAGAUGAAGAGGGCGACCAAGAUAUCCAUCACCAUCAUUCUUGGUCUCGGUGUUUUGGCGUCUAUUGCUACGAUAGUACGACUGCCGUAUCUUGCCUUUUAUGCUCAGCCCGAGAACUACCUACAUAACGUCGGAAAUAUUGUCCUCUGGUCCGUCUUUGAAUCAGGAACCGGAAUCAUCGCCGGCUCACUACCCUCAUUACGACAACUAGUAAAGAACUGGAUCACAUUUGAUACUACGCAUGGACACUCGCCAGCUCAAGUAACACCAUACAAUGACACAAGAAGGGCAUCGAUGAGGACCAACACCAGGGCUUUAGCCGGACGCCAGCAUGUGCACAACAGCGUCAUAUCAAGUAUAGUUGCGGAUCCAGAUUGGGAGCAACUGGAUGAUAAUUCAUCAAGCCAUAAGAUCUUUGUAAAGGUUGAUGUGGAGAUGAGGUCGUUGGAGAGGCCGGCGACGGCUGCGAGGUCUGAUAGAUCGCUGGGGGAGCUUAGAUUGCCAGCAUAG